AUGCUGAAAACUGUUGUGCUCUUGGCCCUGUCACUCAAGCACCUUACAGUGUGCACGUGUCCUACCAAACCCCACACUCCGCUUCUGCACGGUAAUCGUACGAGCGUUAGCGUUAUCACUAGCUGGCCGAAUGAUCCAUAUAAUGACAGUUGCAGCCUUUUAUAA